ACCUCAGCCAAAACACUGGGUUCAGAAUCGCUACCGAAAAGUUUGUUACCUGUGAACUAUUGCACAAAACUAGUAGGAUGAUUGUGCGUGAGAGAUGACGGACAGAGAGAGGUGUCCGAGAGGGGACUUAUUGUGAGAUAUUUACCUGCAGAUCCUUAGUCCCGGAACACGGGGGAAGUGGACAGUCAUGUUGAUUGGUCCUGCAGCCAUGCUGUUCACGGUUCUGAUGAUCAGCGCAGUUCACACGGCCUUAGCUCUCUUGCCCGGAACCCGGCCCGUCAUUCGAAUUACCCAGCCCACGGAGAGAAGCAUCAUGGUCAGGGCGAACGACGACGCCGACUUACACUGUCAGCUGGUCAAUUUCCCGCCAGGAUCCACGAUAAAAUGGUAUUUCUCCCCAUCGAACUCGUCCCGGGACAAACAUGAGAUCGCCACGAGCACUGUCUCCCACAACGAACAGAAAUACGACAUCGAGGCGAUCGACACGACACCGUCCACGUGGAUACUACAAGUGCGCCUGAUGCAACCCGAAGACAGCGGCUUCUACCAGUGUGCUGCCAAGUUCAACCUGACAGCUUCGGCCCUGAGGCACAUCAACCAAGCGGCGUUCACUGACACUGUUGAACUGCUAGUCACAGAACCAGUUAAGGUGGUAGCUCAGCAGUACACCGUGCUAACUUACCUGGGGGAGACGGCCAACAUUUCGUGGACGAUCACUGGCCGACCUCUGCCCAAAUUGGCGGACAUUCACAUUACCCGAGUUCGUGGUUUGGUGGACAAACAGACACUCCUCUAUGAUGACAGACAUUUGGUCACGUGGAACGUCACUGACUCCCGUACCAUCCACGUGCGGCUGACGAUCCUGCAGAUGACGGUGCUUGACGCCGGCACAUACAUGCUGUUUGCCGGGAGAGGGCCACUGGGAUCAUCAGCCGCUCACGCCAGCGUGUCACUAGAGAGUCUGGAGCAACCCGGGCAGACAUACUCACCAGAAAUAACAAGUGGAACCACAAGCCUGCUGUCGCCCAGCACCAACGGAACUUCUAGGUCCAGGCCAAGAACCACAUCAAGGAGACCCAGCAGCGACACCCCAACAGAAAGCUCGAGCGAACCCGAAGAAACAGAUCCUAGCCUUAUGACUGAACAGCAGAUGAUCUACGUCAUCGCAGGGAUCUUGGCAGGAUUGACCGCGCUGGCCAUAUUCAUAGGCUUGAUGUGUCUCUGGCACAGGAGAUCACAAAAAAAGCACGAAGAGGCGACAUACAUGCGACACAUACACAACUCUUCCCGUCGCCCUGUAGGACCACUCGGGCACAUCAACAAGGGUUACGAAGACAUGCAUAGUUACUCUAACUACAGUGUGCCAUUUGAGGGUAACUACAGCUAUGCCACCCUGGAGGCAGACAAAUAUCACUUCCCCAGGAGCAGACUGAGGUUUAUUGACGAACUGGGGUCGGGCAAAUUCGGACAGAUACUUAUGGCGGAAGCUUUAAAUAUUCUUGGGAAUUCAAAAUGGACGACAGUGGCUGUCAAAAUGGCAAAAGAUUCGGCCACGGAUUUUGAAAAGAAGAUGUCCGUAAUGAGUUGGACAUCAUGAUGGCGAUACCUAGACAUGCUAACGUCGUUACAUUACUGGGAAGCUGUGCCAAAGAAGACCCUAUCCUGAUCAUCAUGGAGUACCUCCCACAUGGUAACCUUCAGGCCUACCUCCGUAAGAGCCGACCCAGCCAUCCUGGCAGUAUGAAGUACAGAACCUUAUCCUCCAGAUCUCUGAAUGCUAAAG